CUCUGACGUCUUGGGAGUUUGUCGGAGUCGAAGCCAUUCGACAUUUUGGCUUCGCACGGUCCAUCUUGAAUGGAAAAGAUGAGAGCCCGAAUAUCUCCAGCCGAGUUACAUUUAGCCGUCAGAGUCGGACAGGUCGAGCACGUCAAAAGUCUUUUUUCAUCGGGAGCCGAUCCCAACGCCAUCUAUAGAGGGAUGACCCUUUUAGGAAUGGCCAUAUCCUCUCAAGACAAAGCUCUUGUCCAAGUGAUUUUAAGCGCAGGCGCGGACGUUUGUCUCCCGAGCCAUGGCUCCAAUGGCCGGCUCGAACCACCCCUCUACACCGCGUGCAGGCUGAAAGACGACGAAUUGGCAGAGCUUCUCAUAAGAUCGGGAGCGAAUUUGAACUCGACCGACUUCUAUGGGCACACCCCGCUAUGGGUGGCCACAAAAGGACAAAGGCCAUUGCUCGUCGCCAAGUUGUUGGCUGCUGGAUCGCGCGUCGGCUCCGUCGACGACUAUCCGUGGAGCCAAUGUCCUUUAUAUCUGGCGACGAAAUAUCUUGGAUAUAGAGGGCGGCAUCAGUUGGCCAUGUUCCUGAUGGCUGCCGGUGCCGAUCCAACGCGAAUGGAUUCCAAGGGGAGAAGUGCCAUUUAUUGGAGUUUGAGAAAUCGAGAUCACGACCUGUUUGCUUUCAUGAUUGAUUCGUUUAAUCCUCGUUGUUGGGAUUCCAUGCUUCAGAAACGGGUGGAAGAAUUAAUUGGGGAAUUGCCGGAAACUCAUUUGAAGACACUUCAGAAUCAGUUGUAUAAUCCGCCGAGUUUGGCCAAGCAAUGUCGACUGGUGAUUCGAUUGCAUUUGCUACAAAAAUUCAACUACCGUUCGCUGUUCCUACUCGUUCCUCGGCUUCCACUUCCGGUUCUUAUUCAACGAUUUCUACUUUUGGAUCAAGAACUGCCCGACGAAGAAACAACACCUUGCUACAUGAAAGACAUAAGUAUCAAAACUUAGACGAGCAAAUAUUAGUGAUUUUUAGAGAAAAAUCCAAUUCCAAGUGUCGAGAUGUAAUGCAAUAUUUUGUACGAACACUGCCAAUGAAAUACAAAAUUUACAAUAUUAA